UAGGCCUAAGCUCAGAUUCUAAGAAAUACUUUUGUACUUCAUUUAAUUCCAUCUUUCGAUCUAUCUUGUAUAUGUGAAGCAUUGUGUGAAAGGUGGCAUAAUUAGGACCAAUUUAUCAUAAAUGCAGGUAAGGCUUCUGUAACAUGGUAAGAUUUUUCAAGAACCAAGAAGAGUUGUGGAGCAAUGAGGUUGCAGUAUCAGUGAAACCAUUGAAAGUGCAAAAUUGGAUUCUUCCAUAAUGCCUGGUCUUAUAACUGAUUUUCUGAUAUCUCUCGAUGCUCGGUUUGUGUACUUCAUGAAUUGGUUGCAUGGUGAUAUAAGACAAUAUAACAUCGAGGACCCUAAACAUCCUAUGUUGACUGGCCAAGUAUGGUUUGGUGGACAGUUCCAGAAAGGAAGCUCUAUAGUUGUCACAACAGAAGAUGGUAAUACUUGGCAAUCUUAUGUUCCAUACAUUCAGGGAAAUAAGUUGAGAGGAGGUCCUCAAAUGAUUCAGCUGAGUUUAGAAGGGAAGAGAUUAUAUGUCACAAACUCACUCUUUAGUGCAAAUAAACAAGUUUAUCAGGAGCUUAUAGAAAAAGGAUCACACAUGUUACAGAUUGAUGUUGAUUCUGAAGAAGGUGGGAUCAAAAUUAACCCCAAAUUCUUUGUUGACUUUGGAACUGAGCCUAAUGGUCCCUCCCUUGUACAUGAGAUGAGAUAUCCUGGUGGUGAUGGCACUUUAGAUAUAUGGAUCUAAUAGUUAUGUUACGCCACUUGAGUUAGGCCACAAGGAAUAAUUAACAUUAUCACUUCUUUUUUUUGGAGGAAUAUAUUAUCCAAAGUUAUAGACUUGUGGAUAUAUACAGUAUAUAUGAUAUAUGAUGUAAGUAGAUAUGUCAUGGUUGCACGGUAAUAAUUACUCCAAAACAAAGCAGUUACUCUAAUGUUAAAUAGCACUUGUCCACUUGCAAUUUUAGAUAGUUUAGGUCCAUAACUAGCGAGUCUUAUUGAUGAAAAAAAAUAGGGAUGAAAACAAUCAAAUCAUCCUUGGCUUGACAAGUGUGAAAUAAAUUCAAGUCAUGUCCUCACUUUAUCAUAGUAAAAUAGUCAAAUGAAGUCGACAUACCUGUCAAUCAAGUGCAUUUGAAGGUCAAUUGUCUAAGGUAACAGGUAAGGAAACU